AUGUUCUCCAUCACCGCACAAUCUGGCACCGACAUAUGGCGCAAAGCCCCCAGCACAGAUGUCUUCAACGCGCCCACUGUGCCUGGGCCAGAUAACCCUGUUGGGCCCCUGGGAAGCUUUGUGUCGGCGUCGUUGACAUUUCGCGUGCCGACGGUAGUCCAGUAUGACCAAGCAGGACUGCUUAUUUCCUUGAACGUGGAAAAUGCUACGGAGGAACAGAAACCUCCCCCGAAAUGGAUUAAAACAGGAAUCGAGCUCUACAAUGGUGUCCCGCGACUUGGCACUGUCGGAACUGAUGCUUGGUCUGAUUGGAGCAUUGCCCCAAUCACCAGCAAUGAUCACACUGACGGAAAGGCCUGGACCACGGUCUCAAUUCAGAAACAAGAAGACGACCUUGGUUUGAGUCUUUGGGUUUAUCAAUUGGUAGGCGAGGAUAAAGUCCCACUACGAGAGAUAAAUUGGCCGUUCGGAUAUGGGGAUGAUUGGACAUUGAGCGUGGACGCAUAUGCUGCCAAGCCUGGAAAGGGGAAGCCUCUAGUCGCAGACUUCAAAGACUUUCAAAUAGUUUGGAACAAUGGAGGGUCAUCUUAG